CCCCAUCUCUCUCUCUCCUAUGUUACUUCUCCAUUAUUUGACAGUACCAUACCCCACUUUGGCAUGGCUCCGUGUCAGGUGCAUAUUCACACCAAACACCUCUUUUCUCGUCUCUCUCUAUAUACAGUCGCUUUCUCUCAAGAUUCGACCCACACCACAAGAAAGAAAGCAAUGGAUGGACUCUAGACACAGCUCACGGAAAUGGCUUCGAGCUCUUCUUCAUCCAACUCAUCCGAUUCACUCAACUGCUUGAAAUUCGGCCAGAAAAUCUACUUUGAGGAUGUGGGUAUCGGAGUUCCGGCCAAAUCCGGUAGUGGGUCGUCGUCAUCGGUUGCGCCACCGUUGACGCCGCCCAAGAAGGGGAGGAAUGGGGUUGUUCAUGGUGGACGGCCACCCAGGUGCCAGGUAGAAGGAUGUAAAGUGGAUCUGAGUGAUGCUAAAGCUUACUAUUUGAGGCACAAAGUCUGUGGUAUGCACUCAAAGUCACCUAAGGUCAUUGUUGGAGGCCUUGAGCAGAGGUUUUGCCAGCAGUGUAGCAGAUUCCAUCAGCUUCCUGAAUUUGACCAAGGAAAACGAAGUUGCCGCAGACGUCUAGCUGGCCAUAAUGAACGCCGGAGGAAGCCCCCACCUGGAUCUCUACUGUCCUCACACUACAGGCUUCUCUCUUCAUCUAUCUUUGAAAGCAACAACAGAGCUGGUGGGAGCUUUCUGAUGGACUUCACUGCAGGGAAGGACCCUUGGCCAACUACAAGAGCAUCUGAGAGUGUGUUGGGUAUUCAACCACCUUCCACAGGGAAGUUUAUUCCACAUCCACGGCAUAGCUGCUCAGAUAACCCUCCACUUGAUUUCUUUCUACCAGUUUCAGCAAGUGGGACUGACGAUCGUGGUUCCAGAAUUCCUUCAGGGGAAUGUUUUUCAGGAAUCUCAUCUGACUCCACCCGUGCUCUCUCUCUUCUGUCAAAUCAGCCCUGGGGCUCAAGAAACCGUCCAUCAAGUCCGGGGGUGGUUAACUUGCUGAAUGCUGAUGGAGCACCCAUGAAUCAGCAACCAACAGCUCUUCCUGGUGCUGCUGUCAAUCACUUUUCAAGCACUCCAUGGGGUUGCGAGAGUAAUAAAGCUAGCAGCAGUUUGCAAGAUGCGACUCCUGAUCUAGGGCUUGGUCGAAUUUCACAUCCUGCCAGUGCUCCGUAUUAUAAUCAGGUCGAUCUGGCUCGACAGAGUGUAAGGCAAUAUAUGGACUGGUCACUUUAAGCAUGUGUUUUUCUCUCUGAUUUGUGUGGCCACUUUAGUGACCUGAACUGUAAAUGCAUAUAUUCUGUCAGUCUCUGUUUGUGCUUCUGACGGGAUUAAUCUAGGAUUAGUAUCAGAUCUGUAUUUUGCUUUAACUUUGUCAAACUGACUAGCAGGGUCCUCCUGCCUUGUUCUAGCUACUUAGUAUUCAAGUGCUGUUUGUUUUGAAUCACUUGAUGGUAAGAAUGAAGAAGUCAUUUUGUGCAAA